AUGUCAGAUGAGUUUGCAAGACAAUUAGAGGUGCAAAGACGGGCGUUUGAGGCGCAGUUUGGGUCUUUGGAGGAUAUGGGGUUCGAGGACCGCACCAAGCGGGCCGGCCUUGAGAAUAGUGAGAGUAGUGGGAGCGGUGAGAGUGGUGAGAGUAGUGGGAGCGGUGAGAGUGGUGAGGACGAUAGUGGCAGUGAGUUUGAGGGUUUCUCAGACCGUGAGGAUUCCAGUACAAAGCACGACGGGGCCGCGACGGCCACGAAGCCAAAGGACCGGGCGCCGCGUGUGAUCAAGUUCCAAGGGCCAGCAGACCACUACGAGGCGCCAUCGCGACGCGAGCAACGGUUGUUGAAGAGCGGGCGCGCGCCGAAACUGACGCUGGCGGAGACGCGGGCGCGUGAGGCUGCAGUGGAGGGCGCUGAGGGCGACGACGGCGACGACGAGGACGCAGAAGCGCAGAAUCUCAAGCACGACGUCGAGUUGCAGCGGUUUCUGGCGGAAUCACAUCUGCUGAGCGCGCUGGGCGGCGGCGCGGCGACAGCUAGCGGCGCAGAUCUCACGCUGGAGACCAUGGACCGCGUCGAGUACCGGGACGACGCAUUAGUGGGCAAAGCACGCGCGCGCACGCUGGAGAUGCGGUUGCGCGGGUUGUCGGCGACGAACGGACGCGAGCGCAAGCUGGAGAAGGUGCCGAUGAACGUGCGACGCGGGAUGGUGAACAAGCAUCAGCAGCGGAUCACGAAAGUGGAGCAGGAGGCGCGCGACGCAGGCGUGGUUUUGGCGCGGGUGCGCAAGGGCGAGUUCCGCAAGAUCGAUGCCACGUACCGCAAAGACCUGGAGCGUCGGAUCGGGUCGAGCGUGCGGGCGCGGGACGCGGAGCGGGCCGCGCGUGGGCGUCGGGAGCGUGGGCUGCGAGUGCAGUCGGUGGGGCGGUCGACGCGCAACGGGCUGGUGCUGUCGCGGGCGGAGAUUGAGCGAGUGAACGGGGGGUCUGGCGGGCGCAAGCGGUGA